AUGCAAUAGGUCGAGAGCUACAUAGACUAGCACAGAUAUAGCAAGGUAAAUUGCUAGUUUUUACAAAUUAUCGAACGGUCCUAAAUUACUUACAACCUAUCAGUUCAGUAGUACAGCUAUAUAUCAAUUAGUUCAAAUAUGAGAUAAACAGCUGUAAAAACAAUUGCUCCGCAUUGUUUCCUGCUCUCAUUGACACUGACUGACUGAGUGAGUGCUCAAGUCAGAUUCUUCGAUUGGAUUCCCGUUCUUGACUUGAGGAGCGUCUUCGAGGGUUCUGUUAACGUUCUGUUGCUGAAGCCUCAACAUGCCUUCUCAUCUUGUCAUAUCAUCAAUGGUCACUGUCACCGCCGGAGCCUUGGCCCUGCUUUCCUUCUAUUUAUACAAAAGAAAAUGUAGGAGUAUAUCGGCAUCAACGGAUAAGAUGAAAGAAGAUAUCUACCAGCCUGUCACAGAUGUUGAGCACUACGACAUAUUUGUCAUUGAUUCAUCAAGCGCUUAUCACGAGGCUGUAGAGAGCUUUGCAGAAGCUACCAAACAGAUGAAGGUUAUAGGUCUGGACUGUGAAUGGGUGACCAAAGAUGGUCAGAGGCAACCCGUGGCACUCCUGCAGCUCUCCUCCCCUGUAAACCAAUCCUGCCUCCUGUUCCGUCUCGACCAGCUGGAUGGAGAACUUCCAGAGAGUAUCCUCACCAUCCUCCAAGAUCGCAACACAUUGAAGGUUGGUGUGGGAGUGAUUGACGAUGCUAAGCGCCUUCUCAACGACUACCAAAUCAUCACCCACGGAUGCCUGGACCUACGCCACCUUGCACUGCGACACCUGUCUCGGACCUUGAGAGGGCGCUCCCUUAGUUUACGGGAACUGGCCAGCGUCGUCCUACAACACGAAAUGUCAAAGGAUGAUAGGGUGCGCUGUGGCGAUUGGGAAGCAGUGCCAUUGUCUAAGGAACAAAUCAAUUAUGCUGUGGACGAUGCAGUUAUCGGGGCGGCCAUAUUCUUACGAGUCGUUGCCUACAAGAUGAAAUUAAAACAGUUCGAGUCAUUCCUUCAACCAGAAACAUGGAAGAGCAUUUCGUCCAUGUGUCAAGGAAUCAUUGACAUGUACCCUGAUAUGAAACAGCUCACAACAACGAACUCGUCUCCGAAGAAAGCAACGAAAAACUCAAAAGGCGUUUUUGAUAAUCUUGAAGAGCGACCCCUGAGUCGAGCAUAUAAGACCAGGAAGUCAGUGAUGUACCACAACUGCCGCCUCCUUGCACCGGACGAUACGCUUCUCUGCACGUGCGACAAGAGGAAAGCGUUGUGGUACAUCGGGAAGGAGAUUGGGGAGCUGAUAUGCGAGGAGCCCUUGACGGUGAGGCUCUUGUUCGAACCUGCAGGGGUUCCAGGACCGGAUAGAGAGUACUAUCAGACUGAGAAGAAGAACAUAUGCGUAGUGUGUGGCCGGGAAGACUCCUACAUCAGGAAGCAUGUAGUUCCGCAUGAAUAUAGAAGACACUUUCCAGAGUACCUCAAGAUGCAUUCCUCACACGAUGUCCUCCUUCUGUGUCUACGAUGCCACCAGAGAAGCAGUGCAUAUGACAACUACGUCCGGCAGAACGUGUCUGAACUCUACCAUGCUCCCAUCAGUAAUAAGACCAACGCCAAACGCCUUGAGGAUCCUCAAAGGGUUCAGGUCCGCUCAGCUGCGAGGGCGCUAAUCCGCCACCAGAAAGUGAACAACCUUCCAGAACAUCGGAUCCAGGAAUUGAUGGAUCAUCUCCAAGAGUUCUUCGGGGACGACGAGAUAGACGAUGCCCUGCUGCAAGAGGCGGUUUCCAUGGAGACGAGAGUGGCCAAUGAGGAUUUUGUUUCGUCGCACGGUUUGAAGGUCGUGGAGGAGGUGAUGAAGGAGGAGAGUGGAUUGCGGAAGUUUGAGAAGAUGUGGAGGCAGAACUUCCUGGAUACGAUGAAGCCUCAAUAUCUCCCGGAGUUAUGGUCUGUUGAUCAUCUACAUGAAACGUUUGCGGGCAAGAAGUGAGAAAGGCUUCAAACAGAUGUACAGCAGGGGGGCAGAUAAAGCCCAGGAUUUUUUUUUUAGAUGACGUAAUCUAGACUGGACUCUAGAGGAAUGUGCAAUGUAAUUAGUUUUUUGUUUUAAUUACUUCAGAACAAUUCAUUCCAUCAAACUACAUACAUGUAAAUACAUGUUACUUGAAUAGUACUAUUAAUUAUUAUUGGUGAUAUGAAUAAUGUAAAUGUUCAUGUGUAUUCUGUUUAGUUGUUUUGCCUGUUCAAGGAUAUUCUGUUUGUAUUCUAUCAACCAUAAUAUGAAGUCAGUUAUCUACCAUCAAGCCAAAACUUCUUAGAAAUGAAGUGGCAUCUUGUUUAUAAAGCGACUUAUUUUUAAUCAUCAUUUCAUAUUUUCAUUUGAUCAUGUUCCAAAUUACAAGCAAUUGAAUUUCAGGAUGUUGUAUUCAUCAAAGAAAGGUUAUGUUUUUAAUAUUUCAAAUCACUGUCAAACACUUUUUGUCUUGCAUUUUUUCUAGAAUACAGUGUAUAUUCAUCAUUGAAUUUUAAAUUAUUUUUGUUUACUUAUCUUUUAUCAACUACGUGUGACAUUUAAUACAAAAUUGAGUGAAAUUUUGAGGGAUUCUUGCUGCAAUACACAAUGUUUUUCUUGUUCUUGAUUUUAACAAGAAGCUACCUCUUGAAAAAUGUAACUUCACUACAAAGAUACUACAUUAUGUCAGGGACAUGUAACAAAUAUAUUCUGUUUGUAUUUGAAUUCUUUAUGCAGAUCAUCAUCACUUACAAAUAUGAUGAUGAUUAGCUGAUGUAAUGAUUGAAAUGUGCCUUUUUUUUUAAAAUCUUGGUAUUUAUGCCAUUUCUCAAAAGUAUGUAGGUUGAUGUGGGAGAAAAAAAAAACUUGAGGAUUGAUUAAUAAAAGGAGAGUGGCUAGAUUUCUCACAAAAU